GCUCUCGUAUUUCCGUACAUCCUAAAAAAGAAAAGAACCGUUUGCGGAAACCACGUGGCUUCUUCUGACACGGCAGCUCCUCGGUAACGCUAAUUGUUUUCAAAUUUCAACCCUGUAGCAACGGCAGCUCUCUCGACCGUCGGAUCUGCGAAUCUUCAAAACGAAAUAAAAGUAGUGAGAGGGAGAGAACAUGCGAAGGAACAGAUCAAAGAGAAGUAGAAGAAGACGAUUCGGAAGCACCGUCGUCCUUUUCUAGCUCUUGUAAUUCUCAAUUUCACCAAUGGUUGAAGAAUCCGAGGUGAUCGUUGAUCCCCAGUCAGCGGAAGACUGGUUAUAUCGUGUCCAAGAACUCCUCCCAUUCGUUAUUGAGAAAUCAAAGACUGUAAAGGGUUUUGCUGGUCGAUGGAAGAUCAUAAUUUCCAAAUUGGAACGGGUUCCGUCAUGUUUAUCUGAUUUGUCGAGCCAUCCUUUCUUCGCGAAGAAUGCUUUGUGUAAGGAGCAGUUGCAGGCUGUGGCGAAGACGUUAGGGGAAGUGAUGAAAUUGGCAGAGCUUUGUGUAGAAGAAAGAUAUGGUGGUAAGCUUCAAAUGCAGAGCGAUCUUGAUGCGUUGUCGGGGAAGCUGGAUUUGAAUUUAAGAGAUUGUGGAGUGUUGAUUAAGACAGGAGUUCUCGGGGAGGCGACGGUGCCUUUGGCGGCCGCACGGAUGGCAGAAUCAGAAGCUACCCAUGGAAACAUACGGGAAUUGCUGGCCCGACUUCAAAUUGGUCACCUGGAGGAUAAGCACCGGGCGCUCAAUGAUCUCAUGGAAGUCUUGAAGGAGGACGAGAAAGCCAUGCUAGCAGUGUUGGGUCGGAGCAAUAUAGCUGCCCUUGUACAAUUACUCACUGUGAAUUCUCCGCGAAUUCGAGAGAAGACGGCUUUGAUUAUUUGCUGGCUUGUGGAGACAGGGAAUUGUGAGGAUUUACUGGUUUCUGAAGGAAUUGUUCCAUCUCUGAUUAGGCUGGUUGAAUCUGCAAGUGCAGUGGGAAGGGAAAAGGCGAUGAUUUCGCUACAAAGGUUGUCUAUGGCAGCUGAGACAGCGAGCUCGAUCGUUGAGCAUGGUGGGGUAAUUCCCCUGAUUGAGAUUUGUCGGACAGGGGAAUCUGUUUCUCAAUCAGCUGCAGUUGGUACUUUGAAGAAUCUGUCAGCUGUGCCGGAAUUGCGACAGGCUCUAACGGAACAAGGGAUCAUCAGAAUCAUGAUUGAUCUCUUGGGUUGUGGGAUCUUGUUGGAUUCUAAAGACUAUGCUGCCGAAUGCUUACAGAAUCUAACCGCCGGCAAUGAUAGUCUUAGAAUGGCUGUUGUUUCGGAAGGAGCGAUACGAUCCCUUUUGGCUUACAUUGAUGGGCCAUUGCCACAAGAAUCUGCAGUUGGGGCGCUGAGGAAUCUGGUUGUAUCGGUACCAAUCCAUGAGCUGGUUUCAAUUGGGCUGCUUCCGUGUUUAAUUCAUGUACUGAAAGCAGGAUCUUUGGGUGCAAAACAAGCUGCAGCUUCUGCUAUUUGCAGAAUUAGCAGUUCGAUGGAAAUGAAGAAAUCGCUCAGCGAAGCCGGGUGCAUUCCUCUGCUUGUGAAGAUGCUCGAGGCGAAAACGAACAGCGUGAGGGAAGUUGCUGCUCAAGCAAUUUGUAGCUUGUUAGGAUUCCCACCCAACCGCAGGGAAGUGAAGAAGAUCGAGAUGAGUGUGCCGAAUCUUGUUCAGUUGCUCGAUUCAAAUCCACAGAAUACGGCGAAGAAGUAUGCUGUCGCUUGCCUUGUGUCCUUGUCAUCGAGCAAGAAAUGCAAGAAGCUGAUGAUUUCUUAUGGCGCCAUCGGCUAUCUCAAGAAGCUCUGCGAGAUGGAUGUUCCUGGUGCUAAGAAGCUGUUGGAGCAUCUAGAGAGAGGUAAAUUGCGAAGUUUGUUCAGCCGGAAAUAGAUAAAAAUCCUUGCCUCUGUUUUCAUUUGGUGAUUUUUGCUUCUUGCAAAAGAGAGUUUCAUUGUCACAUGAAACCAAGGAAUUGAAAUUGCAAACUCAA